CAUGGAGGGUUCUUCCGUCGCGCUGCUCAUCCUCAUGCUCGCUCUCGCCGCCAGCAGCCUGGUUGCGCUGCUGCAACAACGCCAUCCGAGACCGCGCGCCGACUGGCAAUUGAUCGUGGUCGCUUUGAAGGGCCACAACAGCGACGAGGCCAGAUUGGCCCUGACGACCUACGACGUCUCCCUCGCCGGCUUCGCCAACCGGACCCACCACUGGCACGCCUUCCCGGGCCACGACCACCUCCUCCCCACGUCCACGCCCCUCCCGUUCGGAAACAGUUACCGCGACCUCAUCGGCGGCCUCGCGAACCUGCCGGGUUUGCCCCUGGGGCGGGCGCCCACGCUGCAGGCCGUCCGCGCGCUCUCUGCCUACGACCCGGCCACCGCGGACCAUGACGACGUCGAGACGCUGAAGCGGGCGCUGGCGACGCUGACGGUGACCACAAGCGAAGCCCAGCGGCUGACGCCGAUCAAGGAGACGGUUGGGAAGGGGUGGGAGAGCGGCGAGGCUCGCGUCGCCCCCGAGCACCUGCCGUACAUCGAGCACUGGGACACCAUGUGCUACGAGCUCAUCCGCGCCAACCGGACCGGCGCGUGGGACGGGCCCUUCACCGAGCUGCUGAAGGAGAGCGCCAGUAUCCACAGUACGGAGGAAGCGCUCGCCGUGGUUAAUGUGAUUGUCAAUCGAACCAUGGCGGAUCUGCUCAUGGCUCACGCUCGCAGUGCCUGAUGUGCAUGCAUGCUAGAGCUGUUCUGACUGCUGAGAGUAAUAA